AUUUCACCUUGUGACCCACCUCCCGGGCAGAAGGGUGAACGGGGUGAAAGGGGGAGUCGUGGUUUCCAAGGGCCAAUAGGUGAUGCUGGUAGAAAGGGAGAAAAGGGGCUCAAAGGGGAGGUUGGGCUUAAAGGCCUUCGGGGGAUAGAUGGCGAGAUUUGCACUCAGGGAUUCAAAGGUGAACCGGGUGACAAGGGAGAGACCGUUGAGACAUUUUCACACUCCCUCAUCCUCACAACUGUGCUGGGAGUGUUGAUCCAUGCCUGUCGUUUGGUCUGCAAUCCUCUUUCUCCAGGCGAUAUUGGACCCAAAGGAGAUACAGGCGAAAAAGGUUAUUCAGGUGAGGAAGGCAGAGGUCAAGACGGCGAAAGCGGUGAUGAAGGUGAACUCGGCAGUGAUGGACUCAGUGGCGAUAAAGGAUUGCAGGGAGAAAUGGGUGAAAAAGGUAAAGAGUCUGUAAAUGGAAGCCAUAUGCAAACUAUCCAGUCACUCAAUUAA